UUUGACGUCCGUAAUUUUAACUUUGAAACAUGCUGAAAAAUAAAAUUUGAAUUUUCUUGUCUGAAUGGUGUAAAUUGCAGGCAAUUUUCAAAAAAAUCAAAGAAAAAAGAGAUUUUAGCUUCAGAAUAACUUAGAAAAUUAGUAUUAGUGCUUUGGUGAACGGAUACCACCGACGAUGGACGGCAUAAACCAGUAUGAUUCUUUCAUUUCCGUCCACAAACCUCAGCUCCAAGCAUCCGGCGUGCCGGAGCACUUCUGGCCGCAACUGUAUCGCAAGUUGAAACACCAAGAAUUUGAUGCCGGCGCAAGUUUUUCGCUGCUCCUGGUGGACUACGGUGAAGAGCAACGGUCCCAUGAAGAUCCCAUCUGGACGGUGGCCGUCUCCAAGGAAGGCGGCAUCCGGGCGGACGAUCCGACCGAAAUCUAUUUGGUGGAUCACGCGUGGACGUUCAGGACUGACAACGCACGGCAACAGUUGACCGAGCACCCGGCCUUAGUGAACCGACUGGCUAUUAUGAUGGGUCUUGAUCAGGAGGAUGUCAGUGCUCCGGUGCUCGUUUCCUCGAUUUUGAACGACAUUUGGAAGUGGUGCAACAUGUACUCGCUGAACGGAGAGGGGCUGACCGUGGAGAAUCGAAUGCCAAUUUGGUACGUGAUGGACGAGCUGGGAAGCGGCAUUUUGCACAGCAACACACCAAACUGUAGAGUGGUCCCGUUCAUUCAUGUUACUGAACAAAUGACCUACAGUUUACUAUUUCCGUUGGAAGAUUUGGACGAAGGAGAUCAGCUGUACAGAGAUUUUGUGGAGGGAGUUCCCAGCGAUAGCAAGGAAAGAGAUGCACUUCUACUUCCAUGGCAGCAUACUUCACUGGUCGAAGAAAAUUUUGUUCAAAGUGAAGCACCUAAGGAGUACUUUCUUGCAGGUCAUAUUGAGGAAUCACUUCCGAAUCCUGACGUGGCUCCACCAUUGUUUGAUGGAAACAGUUCGCUGAAAGUAUACUCUCAAUAUGAUAUGGUCAGUCAGUAUCUUACGGAUCCGGGAUUUGAAGUUGUACAGACUCCGGAAGAAGCGGAUAUUCUUUGGAUGACGUCGCAUUUCAAGCAAUACAGGGAGUUGAGCGAAUCAACGCCGAACAAAUAUGUGAACCAGUUCCCAUUUGAAAAUGUUCUUACGAUCAAGGAUCUGCUGAGCAUCGUGUGCAGACGCAUGGCUAAGAAAUCAUCCGAUGAACAGGAUCCAUUGGUGCCCAAUCCCAAAUGGCUCCCGGUGACGUACAACCUGAAGACCGAACUGGUGGAAUUCGUUAGCUACUAUCAAAACCGGGCCCGCAAAGGUCUGGACAAUCAUUACAUCGUGAAGCCUUGGAACCUGGCACGUGGCUUGGACACGUACAUCACCAAAAACCUUGCGCAGAUUAUGCGCCUCCAGCAAACCGGUCCCAAAAUCGUCCAGAAGUAUAUCGAAAAUCCUGUCCUAUUCGAACGUCCGGAAGUCGAAGGUCGCGUCAAGUUCGACAUCCGGUACGUGAUCCUUCUGAAAAGCGUCGACGAGCUGUCGGCCUAUGUCUAUACGAACUUUUUCCUGCGAUUCGCCAACAAGCCGUUCGAGUUGAGCGAAUUCGACGACUACGAGAAACAUUUCACGGUGAUGAACUAUUCGCAGUUCCAGCUGAGACACAUGAAGUGCGAGGAGUUUUUGGAACAGUGGAAAAUCCAGUACCCGAAGCAUCCGUGGCAAUCGGUGGAAGCGGACAUUUGCGAAAUGCUGAAGGAGGUGCUGCAGGGGGCCACCAAGGUGGGCCCACCGUCCGGCAUUGGGGCCAGUGCGCAAUCCCGGGCGCUGUACGCCGUCGAUUUGAUGCUGGAGUGGACCGAGGGCGGCACCGUGAUGCAACCGAAGAUUCUCGAGGUGAACUUUACCCCGGACUGCAAGCGGGCGUGCGAGUACUAUCCGGAGUUCUACAACGACAUCUUCAAUCUUCUAUUCUUAGAUCAGGAAAAUGUGGACGUUUUCCGAAAGAUUGCUUGAUGAUGGAGGUGGGUGAUGAUUGUGAAUCGUGUUAUAAGUUACAUGAAAAAGUUAAAAAUUG